CGUCAUUAUUGUUGUGUUGAGUCAGCUGUCAAAUCCUAAUUUGUAUUCAAAUUGCUAAUUUUUUUCAAUUAAAUUCUCUAAAUCUCUUUAAAUAUGGCUUAUUUAACUCAACCCGAUUAUGUAAAAUAUGUCUGUACGUGUGGUCAGCUAAAGCCUAUAACGAAUUUAUAUUUUUGUCGACAUUGCUUGAAAAUAAGAUGCGGUUUUUGCAUCUGUCAUGAGGUGGAUUCACACUAUUGUGCGAACUGCCUGGAAAAUAUGCCAUCAUCAGAAGCUCGGUUGAAGAAGAACCGAUGUAGUAGUUGUUUCGACUGUCCCAGCUGCUUCCAUACCCUGUCCACUCGGGCGACAAUCGCCCAGCCUCGCCAAGAUCCAGCUGGUGGUGAUGCUAAGGUUGAGAAUAAACAACCAAAGAAGAUGUACUAUUUGUCGUGUUUUAAUUGCCGUUGGACAUCUCGUGAUGUAGGCAUUCCAGAUCAACCUGUUGCUUCAGGCGGAUGGCCAGAAAGGACAAAUCCUUUUGCGCACCGCUUCAGCCAAUUACUUGAGUAUUACAAAGCAAUCGCCCAGCAAGAGAAGCAGGAGAAACUUGAUAGGGAACGCAAGAAGUUUGCUAUUCGUGGCAAAUAUAUUACUCUUACGGAUAAAACCGGUCUAACGGGUGCCAUGGCGCGCAACAUCGCCGGUCUCCCGUCCAGUGAGAGUUCAUCGUCAGCGAUAGCCAACUUCGUUCCGAGUGAAGCUACGGAGGAUGUGGAGGAGCUUCCGGAAGAUUACCACACUAGGGAGGUGAAUUUGAAGCAGAUAACAACAAUGCCGCAACGUCUGGCCGCACCGGAAUGGCAAGCGCAACUGGUCUCCCGCUUGCAGCCGCUGGCCCGCCCGCUGAGCGUGAAGCGCAGUCAGCGCUGCCGCCGCUGCGACCACAACCUCACCAAGCCCGAGUACAACCCCGGAUCCAUCAAGUUCAAGAUCGAGCUGCUGGCCUAUUACCACGUUCCGGAAGUGAAAAUCAUAUCCUACGAGACAAUAAAACCCGGCGGUACAUCCGCAUUGCUGCUAAAGCUGACGAACCCCACGGCCCACGAGAUGCAACUGCGGCUGAUCCGAGCUGAUGAUGUACCGGAGACGCAGGAGGAGGAGCCCAAGAGCAUCGAGAAGAGUCUGGAGAAGUCGCUCAGUAUGGAGAAGGACACAUCAUGGCGCCAAGUGGUAGAACGCAAGCCGGUGUUGCCAGCGCUGAUAAAGGUGAACAAUCCAGAGCAGACGCUUACUUUGGCUCAGAGGGAUGACGCGGCGGAGUACGAUGAUGACUCCCAUCAUGAUACUAAUGACGUAAUCCUCUGGCGGAAAUCGAACAAACUCGCGCUCCGCUUACAACUGGAAACAGAUGAAAACGCAAAAGUCGGGGAACCGGCGCAAGCCGUGAUCGCGAUCGAAUACUCGUACCGAAACACCGUGCCGCCCUCUGCUACGUCCACACAACAUCGCGACCAUACGCUAUAUACAACUGUGUUAAUCGAUCUUGGCCUUGUUUCUGAAUAAAUGAUCUCGAAUA